AUGACGGUCUUCAUUGCCUCACUCUUUCUCCCCUAUACCAUUGACUUUCAAGCUACCGAGUUGCGACAUGCUCGGCGCAAGUCAUCCAGUAGCUCUUCUCGCGGAGAGGGCCGAAUCAUAGGGCGACUAGCAGACACCAACAGGAAGCACCAUUCCAAGAGCAUAAGUCUGUCGCUAACUCCUGGCGCCACCACCGACGAUGAAAGGAUCUUCAAGCCCUAUGUCUCGCGCGCUGCAGGUGAAAUUCCGGCUGCAGAUGAUCCCAACGGCCCAGGCCCUAGCGAACCUCGUACCGUUUCCUGGGGCCAGAGCCGUAAGUUCAAUCAGCCGCGCUUAAAGACUUCUCUUCACCCGGGUCCCUCCAUCCUGAGCCGGCCUGGGCCAGGGGAUGAUGUGGACAACCCGCCCUAUCUGGAUGGUCCUGUAGAUGUAUUGAGCUCGGAAGAAGAACACGGGAGUCCCCGUGCUUUGCUCUCUGAGCUUGACUGGGUUGUCAAGGCAGCUGAACAGGGCAAUGGUGGCUUGCGGAACGCCAUCAAUGCUGCCGAAGAAGCAGGCAUGUUGACGGACAAGAUGUGGGUGGGCACAUUGGGUAUGCCUACGGACUCAUUGAGAGACGGCACGCGUGCCAGUAUCUUCGAGACGCUGGAAGAUGAAUACGAGUCGCUUGCUGUGUUUGUCCGCGACAGCGAAUUCGAAGGUCAUUACACCCACUUCUGCCGGGCUGUCCUGUGGCCUGCUUUCCACUAUCAGAUGCAGGAAAGCCCGCGACACACGGAGUACGACGAUUACUCCUGGAAGCAGUAUGUCAAAGUCAACGAGGCAUUCGCAAAAAUCAUUGCUGCAUACUGGCGUCCUGGUGACAGCAUCUGGGUACAUGACUAUCACCUUCUGCUUCUUCCGGGAAUGCUCCGGGAGAGGCUGCCAAAGGCAGAAAUCGGCUUCUUCAUGCAUACUGCAUUUCCCUCGUCGGAGAUCUUCCGCUGCCUGAACGCUCGAGAGGCACUGCUGAAAGGGCUUCUCGGUGCGGAUCUGAUUGGUUUUCAGACGGAAGAGUACUGCUAUCAUUUUCUCCAAUCUUGCAUUCGCCUGUUAAGGUUGGAAGUCUCCGUUGAUGGCGUACAACUCGACCGACGAUUCGUCCAUGUGAAGAAUAUGCCCAUCGGUGUUGACGUCAAAUCGCUCGACGCGCUGCGCAGGACUACACAUGUGAAGGAUUGGAUCGCCAAUAUCACCUCUCGAUACAAGGGAAAACAUUUGAUCGUUGCUCGUGACAGGCUCGAUGCUCCGGGUGGUAUCAAGCAGAAGCUUCUCGCUUAUGAACUUUUCCUGAAGAAGUACCCUAAGUGGAGGGAAAAGGUGGUCCUUGUUCAAGUCGCUUCGGCUUCUGAGCUGCCUGAAUUGGAAGCUCAAGUUUCGAAAAUUGCCAUGAGGAUAAACUCGGUGUACUCCAGCUUGACUCAUCAGCCCCUGGUACUCCUGAGACAGGAUAUCAGUUAUUCCCAGUUCUUGGCCCUCAUGAGCGUGGCGGACAUCUUCAUGGUCACCAGCCUUAGGGAAGGCAUGAACCUUAGUAGCCACGAUUACAUUCAUUGUCAGGAUGGAAUUCUGGCAUCUCAGCGUCAUGGCUCUCUUAUUCUGAGCGAGUUUACAGGGAGCGCUUCCCUCUUCAGUGGGCACGAACUUCUGGUUAACCCUUGGGAUUACAAAGAGGUUGCCGAUGCGAUUAAUAAGGCGCUUUCCAUGACGCCCGAGCAGAAGGAGCGGAACUGGCAGUUCUUGCUUGAAAAGCAAACCCCUCACACAGCGAUCGCAUGGUUCAACUCAUUCCACACCGCUCUGACUAAUGCACACAGCACGCAGCUAUCUCGUGAACUCAGCCAGGUGUCCCUUCUGUCUGUCAAGGCCGUGAAGGAGGCGUAUGACAAUUCCAGCUCACGCCUUUUCUUCUUGGAAGACGACGGCAUCAUUGCUCCUCAAAACGGAUCUUCAACUGACCUAAUCGCUCUGCUCGAGCGCUUGCUAGCAGAUCCCCAGAAUAUUGUUUAUGUGACGAGCAGCAAGAGUCCGGAGCAGCUUGACUCAGCCUUGGAGGCACUCUCUACCAAGGUGGGGUUGAUCGCCGAGAAUGGCUGUUUCAAGCGCGAAGUCGGCUCAUACACUUGGAAAACGCUAGUAGACAUGGAAAAGGCUAAGGACUGGCGGAACGGCAUCCGCAAAGUGAUCCAGUAUUACCAUGAACGAACUGAAGGAAGUGAGAUGGAGGAGCGUCGUUGUCUCAUGAACUUCUGCUACGAGCAUGCGCAUGAUCCGGAGAUCGCCGGGCGCCAGGCCUCGAGCCUAGCAGAUCAGAUCAACGGCACACGGGGAAGCGAAGCCAUCCGCGUGGUCCUCAGCCAGGGCGCCGUGAGUGUCGAGCCUCUGGACGUGUCCAAGGCCAAAGCAGCCGAAUCCGUCCUGCGGCAGUUACCCCGCACGCCGGAUUUCGUGUUCGUCGCCGGGGGUGCGCGUGGCGACGAAGCCCUUUUCCGCUGGGCUAAUCGCCUGCAUGCUGAACAGAUGAUCCCCAGCGUGACCACCCUGACCGUGGGCUCUCACGCCACGGAGGCCAAAGCCGUGCCUCCCGGUGACAUGAGCAUGGCCGAUAUCGUAGACGCUUUUACUUCUCGGCCGAUGACAAACGGCAUGUCCAACGGACACACCAACGGACACUCCGCUGAGGAUACUAAUGGGCAAGCAAAUGGUCACCACCCCGAGGUAAAUGGCGUCAAUGGAGAAAGCCAUGACUGA